AUGGCUGGCACCCCCGCCAUCACCAUCGAACCGGGAUACCGUCCCGGGUUCCUCGCCAGGUGCCUCGAGAUGCACAUAGCCUUCUACCAUCCCUCCGUUCAUUGGGGACUAGCUUUCGAAACAUCCCUCGCCAAAGACUUUGCCGAAAUGAUCGAGAGUCUCGAAAAGAACCCCCGCACUCAAGUCUGGGCAGCCGUUGAAACUCCUCCUCCAGAAACGAGCGCCGGCAUCUUUACCCAGCGCAUAGUGGGGACUCUCCUUGUCGAUUCAGAAAGCUUGAAGACUACAGGGGCAGCGCAGAUACGCGGGUUCAUUGUGGAUCAGCGAGCCCGCGGCUUGGGGAUCGGGAAGAAGCUCUUGGCGGCGGCUAUGGAGUUUAUCGAGAGCAACGGGUUUGACAAGGCUACACUUUAUACGAGUGAUACUCAGGAUACGGCGAUUCAUCUGUACAAGAAGGCUGGGUUCGUGGUGGAGAUGGACGAAAAGAAGAUAGUGUGGGAGAAGCCGCUGAGAGUGUUGCAGCUCACCUGGAAGCGGCCGCAAACGGCGGGCCAAGAGACCAAUGGUGUUGCCGAGGACAGAAAUAACUAA